AUGAUGAAGGUGACUCCACAGUUACUGGUAACCAUGGUCUUGCUAUGGGUGGUUACAGUCGCCGUGCAGUCCCGGCCUGCCACCGACUCCGAGGAACCGGAAAUAGAAGAGUCUGCGGAAUCGUCACUCGAUCCCUCGGUCGCUGAGGGUCCCGAUACGCCAGCUCACGAUCCGACUUCAGCGUUCGCCCGUAUUCUAAACAAUCAGCUGCUUAAAAUGUCCGAACAAGAUACUACAAGCCAGUAG